AAUAUCGCUUUCGUUCGGCGCUGUGCUCGUUUGAUCACUGCGUGUAAAGCUAAACGGCUAUAUCAAGCCAUCUUAUUACUUGUGAUUUGCAACCCGGAUCCGCCAUGUCGCGCCGCCAAACAUGACUGUCUUCUGGUACUACCAGCCUUUCGCAGGCAGUUCAUCCGAUGGAGUCAACCUCGAAAGGGCAAGACCGAUCAAGAUUCGGCGCGCCACGGACGGUCCAACGGCUGCUGGAACGUUUGCAAAUGAUUGA